AUGUACUUCAAUGCAGCUAAAACAUGGGAUGCUGCUGCCCUAGAAAGGGUUCUCACUGGGGAAUCUACAGGCGCAAAUCCCUCCUAUGUUCCAGACCCCGAACUCAAAGCGCUCGAAGGACAGGCCAUAGAAGCAAUGGAAAACGUCUACUACCUUUUAGAAGAAGCGGAAAGGCGUGAUGCGGUCACCAAAAACUCGGAGACCGCACUCCGGGCAUUAAAAGCCAGUUGUCUACCGCCGGAUGUUAACGACUCGAACUCGGAGUCGAACAACUCAGACUCAGACUUAGAUUACCCAGGAGAACCUGAAUCGGAAAACGAAUCUGAAUCGGAAAGCGAACUUGGUUCGGAUAAAGGUAACCUAAGUGGUAGUGGAAGCGACAAUGAAACCGACCCCGAAUCGGAUUCCACGGAGGAAGGAGGGGCCUCGGACUCAUCGUUUACAUCGGGUAUACUAUAUGAACCCUCAGGAUUAGGUGGAGCAGUUAGAUCCACUAGCCAAGGGCAUGAGUACCCAACCAAGCAAAGCCUACCAGCAUCCAAACAAGCGAACGCAUCUAAGCGGGGGGAUUCAAAAUCUCAACGCAAAGCAGAGAAGAAGAAGAAGAAGCACGCUGAACGACAGAAAAUAAAAGAUGCAGAGAAUGAUUUUCUCGACUUUCUCGACCGCAUGGUAGAUGAGCUUGAAAACUUGAGAAAUCUAGGACUAAGUUCCACCGAUUUGUUCUUGAAACGGCAUUAUGCAAAGGGGAAAAUGGAGAAACCGGAAGACAAAGCCCAGAAAGCAAUCCUCACAAGCAAAUUCCGAGAAUCCGUCGAACGUAUGAUCAUCGAGCUUUUCAGGAUUGGUUUGCCCCAUGCCGGUUGCCAAAUCUCAACCGCCGACGCUGAGAUCAUAGCCAAAUGCGCCUUGAUUGUGGGCUUACAACAAGGAGUUGAGAUUCCACCCAAUGAGUUCAAAGAAGCUGUUGUUGGUAUAACAGACGCAAUCAUGAACAACCUGGUCUCGUUCCUAGACGUCACAAAGGGCAGCAACAACCCUAAAAACGAAGUAAAGGCUCAACCCAACGGGGGGCGUGGACUUCGGGCCGCCCCAAAGAAUAACACGGAUAUAGACUCCAAUAAUGUGGACUCCGAUGGGAAACCCCCUACCGAAACAAAAAGGGGUUUCUUUGGAUGGGCAGCCAAAUUCUUCCAACCUUCUGGGGAAAACGGGGGAUUUAUCCCCCCGCCCGAGGAAUCCAGAGACUAUUCCAUUAAGGAGAGCUGGACUGGAAAGGACCUUCAAACGGAAACUGGAGGGAGACAUCCUUUCAUAGACCCAGAAAUACUGCUAGUUCUGCAAGAUGUAAAUGACGAUGCCCAAGAAACAUACGAAAACAAUGAGAGGUAUAUCUGGGGGUGUGAAUACCUCGAGGCCGAUCUCGAAGACAUCACUAUCGAAACCCUUCCGUCAAAUGGGAAACAGAAGCCUGGACAUAAAGGCCCACAAGACGCAUCGUACUACUAUGGCUUUACAUCCAGACUCUUCUCCAGCAUAAACACUUGGGUCGAAAAAUACAUAAUUCCCGCUCGCAAAACAGCGUCGAUCAACAUCAAUUCGCCCUCAGUCCUUCCAGCCAUCAAACAAUCACUUAGAAAGUUUGACUACUUUGAAGAAUCCGACUUUAUUACUCCGGAAGGCGAGAGAAGUUUGAAAAAUAGGAAUAUAAAAAGGAGAAUCAAGCGUCAAAUGUUCUUUCAGUAUAUUUUCUACCAAGUCUUGUAUGAGAACAUCUGGUCGAGGUGGCUGUAUGGACUCAGUGACUAUACUGAGGCCCAUGUGCUCAAGAUAGCCGGUCUCGAUGAAACACAGAAAAACACCAAACAAGGCCACUUUGCCCGUGGUCGUUGGUUUACAGACAACAUUCGCCGUAAGCCUACAAACAUGACCCAAACGAUCCUUGACAAUCAGGCCCAUAUUGCUACCACUCUCAGACAGCUUUUCGUCCCGCUUCUUAACAUCAACAAUUCAAGCUCCGGUCCAAGUAACCGAAGAAUGUGCAUCAGCGCAGAGAAAGAACUACUACUGAUCAUAUCAGAUGCGCAGGCACUGCAACUAAUGUUCCAGUCUGAAGCCAGAUUCCAUCAAAUCAUGUUCGAUUGGCCGGGGUCACGAUUCGAUGGUCGAUGGAUGGUUAACGCAGCAAAUGCUGUGGAUAUGGAGCCACUAGGCCAACAACCUGUUCCGGGGAAGACCGGUAACCUGACUUCAGAGGACAAAAUUGACUUUGUCUUUCAGCCUGGUUUGUUUAUUAGCGAGGCAGUCGAGAUCUACGAACAGAUAGUCGUUGCUUAA